AUGAUCUACAGCGACAUCCAUGUUGCGAUUGACAUUGACAUUGACAAUGGGAUUCGAGCGGGAUCUCGCCUCGAGUUCAUGCAGCGAUUGCGAUGCGAGACCGAGUCGGUGGAUCGUGCAGAAGCGAAUGCAGCAAUUUACGAGACAUUCUACCUGCAAGGGUCAUUCCACCUGCAGGGAGCGUUCCACCUGCAGGUGGUCAUUCCACCUGCAGGGGGGUCAUUCCACCUGCAAGGGGUCAUUCCACCUCCAGGGGUCAUUCCACCUGCAGAGGUCAUUCCACCUGCAGAGGUCAUUCCACCUGCAGAGGUCAUUCCACCUGCAGAGGUCAUUCCACCUGCAGAGGUCAUUCCACCUGCAGAGUUAGCGAGUGCCUGCGACAACAGCGGCAAGCCUGCGAAUACAGCAGCAAGCCGGCGAAUAUAUCGGGAAGCCUGCGAAUACACCAGCAAGCCGGCGAAUAUAUCGGAAAUGCGCGCGAAUGUGCUCCGGGAGUUGAGCCUCAAGGUCCACACGAUCUUGGAGAACUUUUUCUACAAAUGCGGAUGCCACAUGUCGAAUCGUCCCUGGGCGUACAUUGGGCUGGCCUUCGCACUGGUGGCCGCAUGCGGGCCGGGGAUGCUCUUAUGGAAGGAGGAGAACGCGGAGAACGUGGAGGCCUGGUUCCAGCCCGAUUCCUAUUUGUAUCGGACGCAGGAGUGGAUGAGGGAGAACUUCGCGGAGGGAGUUCGGUACGAGAAUCUCAUCCUCACCGGACCGAAUGUCCUCACGCCGGAAUUCUUCAAAUACGAGUGGAUGAGGGAGAACUUCGCGGAGGGAGUUCGGUACGAGAAUCUCAUCCUCACCGGACCGAAUGUCCUCACGCCGGAAUUCUUCAAAUACAUGGCGAGGUUGGACAAGGAGAUUCGGUCGAUAACAAAAGGCGGAUAUUCCUGGGAGGAUGUUUGCGCCAGGCCGGACGAGUUCCUCGAGGGCAAGGGAGUGGUGAAAAAUCGACCGGAGAGAACUUCAGAUUUCUCCGACUUCCAGCACCGUUCCGACUACUACGACGACCUCGUUCCUGUCGCGACGACGGAAGGAAAUAAAACCCAAGAUGUGGAUCCAGAUCCUACCAGAAAAUCCUUCCCAUUCAAUCCCACGGAGACCACGCCCGCGUCUGACGCCAAAGAGGAAUACGAGAAAAAGACAAAUCCUAGGGAAUCAGACCAUGCAAGCGCAUCGAACGGGUCACAGACAUUCCAGCCCCUAAGCGAACGGAAGGAGGACGUUCACGACCGAACGGAGUCGGAGAAACCUCGAUCACUUCCUACGGGGACGAUCGGAUCGGUCAAGGAAGGAAGCGAUUACGAGGACUACGGGGAUUACGGCUGGAAAGCCAGCGCGGACGAAACCCCGCUGUUCGGGGCGGAGAAUGGCGAGGAAAACACUUUCCUCGACGAUCGGUGCGUCUACGUCAGCACUCUGCUCUUAUGGGUCCGUGACUACGACUUCGAAAACAUCACACAAGAGGAGAUAUUGGACAAAGUCACGAAGGCACUCGAUAAAGAUUCAACGGCUCCAAGAGACGUGGAAGUGAUCUUAGCCAAGGUAGAAAGGGAUCGGAACGGAAGAGUAAUUUCGGCCAGGGGAAUCAUGAGCGUCUACAUUCUCAAGGACCGGACCAACGUCACCUCCAGCAGUGGACAGCGGAUGGAUCCGAUCGCGGAACCGUGGGAGAAGGAAUUCAUCGACUUGGUGUUUCAUAACGACAUUCCCAAGCCUGAAGGACUCGGGACGUAUGCCAUGGCAGCGCGA